CAAAGUUGCUUUGGACUAAGGGAGCGCGGCCAGCCCUCUGCCAGGCUGCGCGCUGGAGUGAGGUCUCCAGCCCCCUCCGCAGGGAGAGGUGCCCGCAAGACAGCGAUGGCCGGAGAGCUCAGCAUCGGAGCCGAGCUGCCCACCAGCCCGCUGGCCAUGGAGUACGUCAACGACUUCGACCUCAUGAAGUUCGACGUGAAGAAGGAGCCCCUGGGCAGGAACGACCGCUCGGGCAGGCACUGCACCCGCCUGCAGCCUGCCGGCUCCGUCUCCUCCACCCCCAUCAGCACCCCCUGCAGCUCCGUGCCCUCCUCGCCCAGCUUCAGCCCCACCGAGCAGAAGACCCACUUGGAGGACCUGUACUGGAUGGCCAACAGCUACCAGCAGAUGAACCCCGAGGCGCUGAACCUCACCCCAGAGGACGCUGUCGAAGCCCUCAUUGGGUCCCACCAGGUGUCCCAGCAGCUGCAAGGCUUCGAGAGCUUCCGGGCUCACCACCACCACCAUCACCACCAUCACCAACACCACCACCAGUACCCCGCGGUCACUCACGAAGACCUGGCCGGCAGCGGGCACCCGCACCACCACCACCAUCAUCACCACCAGGCCUCUCCCACCCCCUCCACCUCCUCCAGCUCCUCCCAGCAGCUCCAGAACUCGCACCAGCAGCAUCCCCCCUCCAGCAGCGUGGAGGACCGGUUCUCGGAUGACCAGCUGGUCUCCAUGUCCGUGAGGGAGCUCAACAGGCACCUCCGAGGCUUCACCAAAGACGAGGUGAUCCGCCUCAAGCAGAAGAGGAGGACCUUGAAGAACAGGGGCUAUGCCCAGUCCUGCAGGUAUAAACGUGUCCAGCAGAAACACCACCUGGAGAACGAAAAGACCCAGCUCAUUCAGCAGGUGGAACAGCUCAAGCAAGAAGUGACCCGGCUCGCCAGAGAGAGAGACGCCUACAAGCUCAAGUGUGAGAAACUUGCCAGCAAUGGCUUCAGAGAGGCCGGCUCCACCAGUGACAACCCAUCUUCCCCCGAGUUCUUCAUGUGAGUGCUUAAAAAAAAAAUAAUUAAAAAAAGAAAAACCAACCCAAACAAAAAAUCCCUACCCCCCAAACCUGACCCCCGUCACCUUCCCCCUCCCCACUUCCCCGUUCCCAUCCUCCUCUGACAUCUCCAUCCAUCUGUCUGCUUGACUAGAGAGAAAGAAGGAGAGAAAAAUAGAGACUUGAUUUUUUUUGUUUGUUUUUUGCAGCAUCCAGUCUUCUAGAGUAGCUGUGGGAAAAGUAGGCUGGGGGUGGGGACGGGAGAGGUAAAGUGCAACUUUUCGACUUUCGUGUGUGAGUUAGAGAGAGGGACAGAGGCAGAGGCAAAGGAGAAAAGGACAAGUGAAGCGUUUUAUAGAUCGCUUGCUUGCAGAACGAGAUGGACUUUAAGAGAAUACUAAUAAAAAAGGACAAUGAACAAGCCAUCUAUAACGUACUGCCUGCUUGGGAAGAGAGAGGACAUACACAGCACCAUCUCAUGCACAAUUUACCUGCUUGGAAAAAAAAAAGAGAAUAAAUAAAAAGGACAAUAUAUGCAAACUCUUCAUAUAUUGCCUGCUUUGAGAAAUAAAGUUACAGGACUCAGAUGGGACAUUCAAUUUAAGAAAGAAAGAAAGAAUGAAAAAAAAAAAGAAAGAAAGAAAAAAAAAAAACUCAUCAGUUUUAUUACCUGCUUGAUUAUAUAGAAAAAUACGAAAAUCUGCAUUAAAAAUAUUAAUCCUGCAUGCUGGACAUGUAUGGUAAUAAUUUCUAUUUUGUACCAUUUUCUUGUUUAACUAUAGCAUGUUGAUCAUCGAUCAUAGAUUUCUGUUGUUGUUUUGUUUCAUGGGUAAGAAAAGCAUCACAAGUUAUCAAACUUUUUACUGCUUGUGCAGUUUUGUUCGUUGGUUUUGCUCUCUUGUUUUCUUUUAUGGUUGUUAGCUUGUAAAUAUCUGCUACUUCAAACCGCACAGGAGAAAAAAAAAAAGACAACUCAAAAGCAAAAUAACAUUUCAGCAGGCUGGUUAUACGGUUGGUUUGGUAUUAAAGAGAUACUUAAGGAGAAAAAAAAGAAGUUAUGGGCAUUUUGCAUUAGAAAAAAAAACAACUUUGUAUAUCUGGUGCACUUUUAAGUUGUAUUGUUUUUUGAAUUUUAUUUUUUUUUUUUUUAGUUUUCAUUUUG